AUAAUUUCUCUCUCCAUCCAGGUUGUGAGGGCUCUUUCUUGUCUUCCUAUUGGCCAGUGAGGCUGUGAGGUCACGGCAUGUGGAUUACUACGUAUCCCAUGAUGCUAUCUGCCAGGCCGGGCUACUUCCUGCUGCUGCAUAGCUUCCUGCUCCUCGCUGACGCAGACUCGCCACCAAAGUUCACACGGACCCCAGAGGACCAGACCGGGGUGCAGGGAGGGGUCGCCUCCUUCGUCUGUCAGGCCACCGGAGACCCUCCGCCCAACAUAGUCUGGAACAAGAAGGGCAAGAAGGUCCAGAACCAGAGAUUUGAGGUAAUUGACUAUGAAGAUGGUUCUGGGUCUGUUCUGAGGAUCCAACCACUGAGGACUCCUAGAGACGAGGCUGUCUAUGAGUGCCACGUCUCCAACCCGACAGGAGAGAUUACUGCACUCUGCAGACUUAACGUUUUACGGGAGGACCAGCUCCCCUCGGGGUUCCCCACCAUAGACAUGGGUCCCCAGCUGAAGGUGGUGGAACGCUCUAGAACGGCCACCAUGCUGUGUGCUGCUAGCGGCAACCCCGACCCAGAAAUCACCUGGUUUAAAGACUUCCUCCCUGUCAACACCACCAAUAACAACGGGCGGAUCAAACAGCUCCGUUCAGGUGCCCUCCAGAUAGAGUUGAGUGAGGAACAGGACCAGGGGAAAUAUGAAUGUGUUGCCACCAACAGCGAUGGAACCCGCUACUCCACCCCCGCUAACCUAUACGUCAGAGUGCGCAGGGUUCCCCCCCGGUUCUCCGUCCCCCCGGCAGACAGUGAGAUAAUACCAGGCGGUGGUAUCAACAUCACGUGUGUGGCGGUGGGCUCCCCCAUGCCUUACGUCAAGUGGAUGUUAGGAACCGAGGACCUCACCCCAGAGGACGACAUGCCUAUCGGACGGAACGUCUUAGAGCUGGGAGACAUACGCCAGUCUAACAACUACACCUGUGUGGCCAUGUCCACGCUGGGGGUGAUAGAGGCCAUGGCACAGAUCACGGUCAAAGCCCUGCCCAAGACCCCAGGUAAUCCAGUGGUAACAGAGAGAACUGCCACCAGUAUCACUCUGACCUGGGACUCAGGUAACCCUGAGCCUGUGUCCUACUACAUCAUACAGCACCGUCCUAAAGGUUCAGAAGACAUCUAUAAGGAGAUAGACAGUAUAACGACUACACGCUACAGUGUAGGUGGUCUCAGCCCGUACUCUCACUAUGACUUCCGGGUGGCGGCGGUCAACACCAUCGGUAGAGGUCCAGCCAGCGACUCUGUAGAGGCCAGAACAGCAGAACAGGCUCCGUCGUCACCACCACGACAGGUCAGAGGUCGUAUGCUGAGUACCACCACAGCAAUAAUCCACUGGGACGGACCUGAGGAGGCUAACGGGCAGGUGGUGGGAUACAGAGUCUAUUAUACAGACGACAACACACUGCAAGUCAACCAGUGGGAGAAGCUGAUGGUCCGUGGUGUGAACUUCAUCACCAUCCAGAGUCUGACCCCUAAUAAGACCUAUUACAUCAGAGUCCUGGCCUUUACCUCUGUAGGAGACGGACCUCUCUCCCAGGACCUGCAGAUCAUAGCCAAGACUGGAGUUCCGUCCCAGCCGUCAGACUUCAAAGGAGAGGCCAAGUCAGAGACCAGUAUAUUGCUGUCAUGGGUAGCUCCUCCACAGAGUGGGCCUGAAAACCUGAUCACUGGAUAUGAACUGGUCUACAGGAGGUCUGGUGACAACGAAGAGAAGAAGCUGAAUUUUGACCCUGCCUCCUCCUACCUUAUAAAGAAUUUGAAGCCAUUCUCCUCCUACACCUUCCAGCUGGCAGCACGUAGCAAACACGGCAUCGGAGCGUAUACCAACGAGGUUACCACAGAUACACCACAGACACAACCCUCAGCCCCUCCCCAGCAGGUCACAUGCUCCAGCCCCAACUCCACCAGCAUCCUGGUAAGUUGGGCUCCGCCCCUGGCGGAAUUCCAGAACGGAAUCAUAACGGGAUAUUCCAUCCAGUAUUCUGUCACGAAAGGGGACAACAGGACUUCCCAGCAAGUCAGCCGAAUUCCACCGGAAAGCUCUCCGUACCUUCUGGAAAACCUGGAGAAAUGGACAGAGUAUGGAAUCACGGUCAGAGCCCUGACGGAAGCCGGAGAAGGACCAGAGAGUCUACAACUACUCGUACGCACUGAGGAAGAUGUUCCCAGUGGUCCUCCGCGCGACGUGAUAACGGAGGCGGUGAACUCGUCAGCAAUCAGGGUGGUGUGGCGGGCACCGGCCGUGGAGCGGCAACAUGGUCAGGUCAGAGGUUACCAGGUCCACUACAUGAAGAUGAACUAUGGAGAUCCCGCUGGACCCAACCUCAUCAAGGAUAUUCUCCUAGACGACUCACAGUGGGAAUACAAUGAAUCAGCAGAAUAUGAGGUGGUUCUAGGGGAACUCCAGGCUGAUACUGCCUACUCUGUGUCUGUGGGGGCGUACACCGCCAAGGGUGACGGGGCACGGAGCAAACCCCAAACUCUCUGCACUACCCUCCCACUCCCAGAACGCCCCAGGCUCUCAGUAAGUCCCACCCCCGUGGGCACGGCCCAGGUCCAGUGGCUGCCUCCACCCAGCCCCCCUACCCCUCUCCUGGGGUACCGUCUAACCUUCGGACGCCUGGAUGUCCUCCCCCUCACCGUGGUAGAAUUCCCCACCAAGGAAAAGUCCUACACGGCGCAGGAUAUCCACAAGGGGGCGUCGUACGUGUUCCGACUCUCCGCCCGGAAUAAGAUUGGUUACGGAGAGGAGGCAGCGGUCGAGGUGACCACUCCGGAAGACGUUCCCGGAGGAUACCCAGAAAAUAUCCUCUCUGAUGGCGCCUCGGCGUCCUCCAUACAGCUAGUUUGGAAGUCUGUCCCGCUUAUCGAACAAAACGGGAAGAUUGUGAAGUAUUCGGUGCAGUACCGGGAUGUUAACGGUAGAGGUGGGAAUGCUACCGGGGAGGUGGGGGUGACGGUACCGGAAUCUAGCGUGACGUUGGAAGGGCUGAGUGCCGACACGGUGUAUGACGUCAAAGUGUGUGCGUUCACGGCGGUAGGGGCGGGGCCGUAUAGUCCCGCCGUCCAGUUUAGGACCCAACCGCUGGAUGUGGAAGUGUUUGCUACUAACUUCAGAGUGAAGGCUGCCAUGAAGAACUCAGUCCUGCUGACCUGGGAGAUACGAGACAAAACACCCUCCCAGCCUUUUACCAUCCUGUAUGAUAAUGGUCAGAGUGUUGAGGUGGAUGGGAAACAGAACCAGAAGCUGAUAACAGGUCUGCAGCCGGAAACACAGUACUCCUUCCUGUUGACUAACCGUGGCAACAGUGCCGGGGGACUACAGCACCGCGUAACCGCGACGACCGCCCCGGACGUGCUGCGCUCCAAACCCACGCUGGUGGGGAAGACCAACGCAGACGGGAUGGUGACGGUUCAACUACCGCCCGUACAGACCACCACUACCGUCAGGGGUUACUAUGUGGUGGUGGUUCCUCUGAAGAAACAGAGAGGAGGGAAGUUCUUGAAGCCUGGUGACAACCCUGAUCAGAUGAACCUAGAUGAGCUCCUGAAAGAGAUCAACAGGACCAGUGUGAGCCAGGCGCUGCGUGUCCGUCGCCAGGUCCCGGCCAGCCAAUCAGAUCCCAGGGCCUAUGUUUCCGCCCACUUUAAGACCCUCCCCCAGGAGUUCACCCUCGGUGAUGGGAGGAGCUAUGGGGAGUUCCGGAACCGCCCCCUGCAAAACGGACAGGAAUAUGUGUUCUUCGUGCUGGCGCUGCUAGACCUGUCUAAUAAUACAAUGUAUUCAACCAGCCCUUACUCUGACCCCGUGACCUCCAACGACGUGGAUCCUCAGCCAAUCGUAGACGAGGAGGAGGGGCUUCUGUGGGUGGUGGGGCCGGUAAUGGCUGUCAUCUUCAUCGUCUGCAUCGUCAUCGCCAUCCUGCUCUUCAAGAGGAAAAGAGCUGAGGCGGAGGGAAGGAAGGCUAGUUUCCCCUGCAGCAAGGCCAUGUCCUCUCACCAUCCUACAGAUCCUGUGGAGCUACGCAGAAUCAACUUCCAGACCCCAGGCAUGGCUAGUCACCCACCUAUCCCCAUCUCUGAGCUCGCUGAUCAUCUAGAACGUCUGAAAGCCAACGACAACCUGAAGUUCUCUCAGGAAUAUGAGUCCGUUGACCCCGGACAGCAGUUCACCUGGGAGCAGUCUAACCUGGAGGUCAACAAGCCAAAGAACCGCUAUGCCAACGUCAUCGCCUACGACCACUCCAGGGUUCUACUGUCCAGCAUCGAGGGUAUCCCAGGCAGCGACUACAUCAAUGCUAACUACAUUGAUGGCUACCGUCGUCAGAAUGCCUACAUAGCGACGCAGGGCUCUCUCCCCGAGACCUUCUGUGACUUCUGGAGACUGGUUUGGGAACAGCACACGGCCAACAUCAUCAUGAUGACCAAGCUCGAGGAGAAAUCCCGGGUAAAAUGUGAUCAGUACUGGCCUACCAGAGGAACAGAGACAUACGGCCUGAUACAGGUUACUCUGCUGGACACUGUAGAGCUGGCUACAUACUCUGUUAGGACCUUCGCUCUCUACAAGAGUGGCUCCAAUGAGAAGCGUGAGAUUCGUCAGUUCCAGUUUACAGCCUGGCCGGACCACGGGGUCCCCGAACACCCCACCCCCUUCCUGGCCUUCCUACGACGGGUCAAGGCCUGCAACCCUCCAGACGCAGGACCCAUGGUCGUACACUGCAGUGCUGGAGUGGGCCGGACUGGUUGUUUCAUCGUGAUUGACGCCAUGGUGGAGCGAAUCAAACACGAGAAGACAGUUGACAUCUACGGUCACGUGACCCUCAUGAGGUCCCAGCGGAACUACAUGGUGCAGACGGAGGAUCAGUACGCCUUCAUUCACGACGCGCUGCUGGAAGCCGUCGCCUGCGGCAACACCGAGGUUCCGGCGCGAAACCUUCACGCCUACAUCCAGAGACUGACCCAGAUAGAACCGGCGGAGAACGUCACGGGCACGGAACUGGAGUUCAAGCGGUUGGCCAGUGCGAAGGCCCACACCUCCAGGUUUGUGAGUGCCAACCUGCCGUGUAACAAGUUCAAGAACCGUCUGGUGAACAUCAUGCCCUAUGAGUCCACCAGGGUCUGUCUGCAGCCAAUCAGAGGAGUGGAGGGGUCAGACUACAUCAACGGCAGCUUCAUAGACGGAUACAGGCAGCAGAGGGCUUAUAUAGCCACCCAGGGCCCGCUGGCUGAGACUACUGAGGACUACUGGAGAAUGUUGUGGGAACACAACUCUACCAUAGUGGUCAUGUUGACUAAACUGAGGGAGAUGGGCCGGGAGAAGUGCCAUCAGUACUGGCCAGCAGAACGCUCAGCCAGGUACCAGUACUUUGUGGUGGACCCCAUGGCUGAGUACAACAUGCCCCAGUACAUCCUACGAGAGUUCAAAGUCACCGAUGCCAGGGACGGCCAGUCUCGGACGGUUCGUCAGUUCCAGUUCACUGAUUGGCCGGAGCAAGGAGUGCCAAAAUCAGGGGAGGGGUUCAUUGAUUUCAUUGGUCAGGUGCACAAAACUAAAGAGCAGUUUGGUCAGGACGGACCAAUCACGGUGCACUGUAGUGCUGGUGUGGGGAGGACAGGGGUCUUCAUCACUCUGAGUAUCGUUCUGGAGAGGAUGAGAUAUGAAGGAGUAGUGGACAUCUUCCAGACUGUCAAGAUGCUGCGAACACAGAGACCUGCUACAGUUCAGACUGAGGACCAGUACCAGUUCUGUUACCGGGCCGGUCUGGAGUAUCUGGGUAGCUUCGACCACUAUGCAACAUAAUACCUCCCCUGGUCGCGUCCUAAACAACACCCUAACUCCCUGUGUAGUGCACUACUUUAGACCACAGGGUAUUCUCACUUCUUUGGCCCAGUGUGUACACUCAAAAGUAGAGUACUACUGGUUAGUGCACUACACAGGUAAUAGGGGCCAUUUGAGAUUAGGCCUCCACCUCCAGAGGGCAGGGCACCGAUGGCUUCACUCCGCCCCCAAAACGAGCACCUAAACUGAGCCAUAUUUGCGUGUCUGACCGGGGGAUACCUCCAGACCCAACCCAAACCCACUCACUACUCAGUCAGAAGUGCACUACUUUGUGCACUAUAUAGGGAAUAGGGCGCCAUUUUGGACGCAAACUAACACUACUUAACAACGGAUUGAGGAUUCAAUGGAUUGAUAAUGGAACAAGUCUUUACAUGGUAAAGGAAGACGGUUAGGGGAACUCACGUCAUUCACAGUGGAACAAGUCUUUACAUGGUAAAGGUAGACAGUUAGGGGAACAAGCAACACCCACCUAGAUAUGUACUAGACUACAGUAGGAUGAUAAACACAUCAUCAAAGCAACUUUGGACAUUUUUUGUUAUUUUAUCAAGAAAGUCCACUUUCUGUUUUCCGUCACGGAUUGAUUGAUUGGACAUUGUGGGGACGAUGCAAAGAGACUUUUGAGGAGUGGAAAAUUGCCAAUUUGAGGCUUAAAACUGAAAGGAACAAACGGUAGUAAUGAAACGAGACACCUUGGAAUCACAGAUGAUGAAAGACACCAGGAGGACUUUUGUUUGGGGACGGAACGUUGUUUCAGGUGAAUGAAGAAGGAGAGGGGGAGGAAGAGGAGGAGGAGGAAGAUAUUUCUACAGUAAUAAGUAAUAAUGAGCUCAAUUCAAUCAAAUCCGCAUUCCGGUAUUUACACAGUAGUUGUUUAUUUUACCCAUGGUCAAAUGAUCAAAUGACAUGACAGAAUGGUUAUAGGGGUGAUGUAAACACCUACCACUGACAGGUAGAAUCCACUGACAGGUAGACUCCACUGACAGGUAGACUCCAUGGCCAGGUAGACUCCAUGGCCAGGUAGACUCCACUGACAGGUAGACUCCACUGACAGGUAGACUCCACUGACAGGUAGACUCCACUGACAGGUAGACUCCACUGCCAGGUAGACUCCACUGCCAGGUAGACUCCACGACCAGGUAGACUCCACGACCAGGUAGACUCCACUGACAGGUAGACUCCACGGCCAGGUAGACUCCACUGACAGGUAGACUCCAAGGCCAUGUAGACUCCACUGACAGGUAGACUCCACUGACAGGUAGACUCCACUGACAGGUAGACUCCAUGGCCAGGUAGACUCCACUGCCAGGUAGACUCCACUGCCAGGUAGACUCCACUGCCAGGUAGACUCCCCUGCCAGGUAGACUCCACGGCCAGGUAGACUCCACUGACAGGUAGACUCCACUGACAGGUAGACUCCACGACCAGGUAGACUCCACGACCAGGUAGACUCCACGGCCAGGUAGACUCCACUGACAGGUAGACUCCACGGCCAGGUAGACUCCACUGACAGGUAGACUCCACUGACAGGUAGACUCCACUGCCAGGUAGACUCACUGACAGGUAAACUCCACGGCCAGGUAGUAUCUACUGCCAGGUAGACUCCACUGACAGGUAGACUCCACUGAAAGGUAGACUCUACGGCCAAGUAGACUCCACUGACAGGUAGACUCCACUGACAGGUAGACUCCACUGCCAGGUAGACUCCACGGCCAGGUAGACUCCACUGCCAGGUAGACUCCACGGCCAGGUAGACUCCAGGGACAGGUAGACUCCACUGCCAGGUAGACUCCACUGCCAGGUAGACUCCACUGACAGGUAGACUCCACUGACAGGUAGACUCCACGACCAGGUAGACUCCAGGGACAGGUAGACUCCACUGCCAGGUAGACUCCACGGCCAGGUAGACUCCACUGACAGGUAGACUCCACUGACAGGUAGACUCCACUGCCAGGUAGACUCCACGGCCAGGUAGACUCCACUGCCAGGUAGACUCCACGGCCAGGCAGACUCCACGGCCAGGUAGACUCCACGGCCAGGUAGACUCCACUGACAGGUAGAUGCUUCCAGCUCACAGAAGUGUGGGUACGUGAAGACACUGUGUAAACAUUUCUAAAUGCAAGUUUGAUUGAAUAGCUGCCUAUGUGUCUCUAUUGAAGAGGAAUUAGGAAAGUGGUUAAAAAUCCCCACAAAGUAUAAACAACAUCUCGUUUUGUAGUACUAUAUAGAUCUGUAACUAUCUUUUGGGGUUUUUGUACAGACUUGUGACUUUGUCUCGACCUACGAUGGCGACAAGGUUGCAACGAAUUUCUUUAGUAUUGUAGUUUUUUGUUGUUAAAGCUGUGUUACUGUUAAAAAACUGUGGUACUGUUUUAAUGUGUACAAUCAAGCAAAGUCAAAUGGUUUACAGUUGACUUUACACCGUUAUCGAUGUGUCACACUCCUCUGUCAUGUUCGUGUUCCUGCAGUCUCUCUCUCGCUCUCUCUCUGUCUCUCUCUCUCUAUUUAACUAUCAAUCCUUACUGGGUUGCUGGACUCUCGUCUUCUCAUCAUCUCAUAAUCAGUGGGGCUAGGAAUAUUUCCUUUCCUGACCAUGUGACCUGACCAGGAGAAACUCUAAACUCCUAGCCCUAAUCCUCAGUACUUAGGCCAAUACAUGGCAGCCAUUUUGACAUGGCGGCCAUUUUGAAUGACUAGGUACCAGCUAAGUAGGAUUCUGCUGCUAUCAAAACACUCAACUUUUCCACCAGACAGUGAUGUAUACAGGUUAUACUAACCAGUGUAUACUACAGUGUACUAAUGUAGAUACAAACCAGUGUAUACUACAGUGUACUACUGUAGAUACUAAACAGUGUAUACUACAGUGUACUACUGUAGAUACUAACCAGUAUAUACUACAGUGUACUACUGUAGAUACUAACCAGUGUAUACUACAGUGUACUACUGUAGAUACUAAACAGUGUAUACUACAGUACUACUGUAGAUACUAAACAGUGUAUACUACAGUGUACUACUGUAGAUACUAAACAGUGUAUACUACAGUGUACUACUGUAGAUACUAAACAGUGUAUACUACAGUGUACUACUAUAGAUACAAACCAGUGUAUACUACAGUGUACUAAUGUAGAUACUCAACAGUGUAUACUACAGUGUACUACUGUAGAUACUAAACAGUGUAUACUACAUUGUACUACUGUAGAUACAAACCAGUGUAUACUACAGUGUACUACUAUAGAUACAAACCAGUGUAUACUACAGUGUACUACUGUAGAUACUAACCAGUGUAUAUUACAUACUAACGAGAAAGGCCCAGUUAUGACAGAAACACAGAUGUAUGCACAUAAAUUGCUAGAUAGAAGCAAAGUAUUUGUCCCAAUAAGCUUCACUAAGAGAUCUCUCAACAAGGAAGGAAAAGAGGAAU